CUUUGUAUUUGCAUCUUUCUUAGAAAAAAAACGGUUUUCAUAUCAAGAAAAUUAAAACACAUUCUCUUUUUAAUUACUGUUUUUAUAUCGAUAAGGUCAAUAAUAUCGCAAUAAUAUGAAAGGCAAAGGAAAGGCCAGGGUGGUGGAAAAAUUUGACGACGGGCCUUCAACAAGCGCCGCAGCUCAACAACAGUCCAGAAGACCAACUGAUGUAAAUAAGUUACCUACACGCCAAUACUUGGAUCAAACUGUCGCACCUGUUUUAUUGAAGGGUUUGCAGACUGUUUCACGUGUACGUCCAGCAGAUCCAAUUGGGUUUUUGGCUGAUUUUUUGGUAAAAAAUCGACCUCCAGCUAAGGAAUCCUCUGAAGCUAAAUAAAGCUGAGUAAUUGCAAUAAAUAAUGGUUAAAAUAUUGUAUAUUACAUAUAAUAAAGCUUAUCUUUUGA